GCGGCGGGCGUGUCUUACUCCGGUGGGUAAGGGCUAACGGUUUCCGGUAGUGGUAGCCCCGGAGGGUGGGAGAAAAGAGGAGACCCCGCGUCCUGAAACCCCGAGCCUUUAGAACAAGAUGAUGGGCUUCGGGGCGUCUGCGUUAGAGUCCAUUGAAGGCGAAGAGGCCCUGGAGGUCCCGGGGCCACCCCCGGAGCCGCGAGCCCCGGAACCCCGAGCCCCAGAGCCCGAGCCGGGCUUGGACUUGAGCCUUAGCCCGAGCCCGCUGCCCGAAAGUCCGAAGGCGCGGAAGAGCAGCCCGGGUCAGCGGAAGGGGCGGCGGGGCGGUAGCCGGAGGGGGCGGCAGGUUCGUUUUCAACUGGCGCCGCCCUCCCCGGUGCGGUCCGAGCCGCUGCUGGUGGCCGGUGCACCGGGCGACGAUCAUGAGCUGGAGGCACCGGCCCUGCAGAGCAGCCUGGCUUUGAGUCUGGAGCUGCAGAACGCGCGCGCCGCUGUCGCCAGCGGCCAGUUUGAUGCCUCCAAGGCGGUAGAGGAGCAGCUGAGAAAGUCGUUCCGGACCCGCUGUGCCCUGGAGGAGACCGUGGCGGAGGGGUUGAACGUGCCGCGCUCUAAGCGACUCUACCGAGACCUGGUGAGUCUGCAGGUGCCCGAGGAGCAGGUACUGAACGCGGCGCUGAGGGAGAAGCUGGCGAUGCUGCCACCGCAGCCCCGAGCCCCGCCCCUGAAGGUGAAGGAAGGGAUGCAGGGACCUGGACAUCCCUCUACCCCCUGGGCUCUCUUCCUCCACCUCGAGUGUAACCUGCUUCACCUUCCCAUAGGAGGUGCUCGGGCCGGGCCCAGACAUGACCAUGCUGUGCAACCCAGAUUCUCUGUGGUCCGAAUCUCCGCACUUGACAGUGGAUGGGCUGCCCCCACUAAGGCUUCAAGCCCGGCCCCGCCCUUCAGAAGAUACCUUUCUCAUGCAUCGGAUGCUGAGGCGCUGGGAAGCGUAGCCCUCAUAACUCUGGAAUGCUAGUCUGUAAUUUUGUUAGUUUUUUUUUUUUUUAUAAUAGAAUAAAAUGUUUCCCCCCCUAAA